UAGUGGCGCCGGCGCCUCGUCGGCUGGUGGGUAGACCGGGAGCUUUCUGGUGAGCUCGGCCCAGCGCCGGCAGCCUGUGGGACCGUUCGGCCCCGGCAAGGGCCCCCGAGGCCCACUCUCCCUGUCGUUGGCCGUCAGGCAGCAGGCCUGGCCGCUCUACAGCGGGGAGAACAUCUCCUCAGGGCCAUGUCCAGGCCAAGCAGUGUCUCCCCGCGGCCGCCGGCUCCUGGCGGGGGCGGCGGCGGCCCUGCGCCGUGUGGCCCUGGGGGCGGCGGCAGGGCCAAGGGGCUGAAGGACAUUCGUAUAGACGAGGAGGUGAAGAUAGCGGUCAAUAUCGCUCUGGAGCGCUUCCGAUAUGGGGACCAGAGAGAAAUGGAAUUUCCUUCUUCUUUGACCAGUACGGAAAGAGCCUUUAUUCAUCGAUUGAGUCAGUCUCUUGGUUUGGUUUCUAAAAGUAAAGGAAAGGGAGCAAAUAGAUACCUAACUGUGAAGAAGAAAGAUGGAUCAGAAACAGCUCAUGCAAUGAUGACCUGUAAUUUGACUCAUAAUACAAAACAUGCUGUUAGGAGCCUAAUUCAAAGAUUUCCUGUCACCAAUAAAGAGCGUACUGAACUUCUGCCUAAAACAGAAAGAGGAAAUGUGUUUGCAGUUGAAGCUGAAAACCGGGAAAUGAGCAAGACAAGUGGGCGACUCAACAAUGGCAUACCUCAGAUUCCAGGGAAAAGAGGAGAAUCUGAAUUUGAUUCUUUCAGGCAGUCUCUGCCAGUGUUUGAGAAACAAGAAGAAAUUGUUAAAAUAAUUAGGGAAAAUAAAGUAGUUUUGAUUGUAGGAGAAACUGGGUCUGGAAAGACCACACAGAUUCCUCAGUUCCUUUUAGAUGAUUGCUUUAAAAAUGGUAUCCCCUGCCGUAUAUUUUGUACUCAACCAAGACGAUUAGCAGCUAUUGCUGUGGCUGAAAGAGUUGCUGCAGAGAGAAGAGAAAGGAUUGGUCAAACAAUUGGGUAUCAGAUCCGUUUAGAAAGCAGGGUUUCUCCAAAGACACUUCUGACAUUUUGCACCAAUGGGGUACUGCUUCGUACUCUGAUGGCAGGAGAUAGUACACUGUCAACUGUGACACAUGUUAUUGUGGAUGAAGUACAUGAAAGGGAUCGAUUUAGUGAUUUUUUACUUACAAAGCUAAGAGAUUUGUUGCAGAAGCACCCAACUUUGAAACUAAUUCUUUCUAGUGCUGCCUUAGAUGUAAAUCUUUUUAUAGGAUAUUUUGGGAGCUGUCCAGUGAUAUACAUACAGGGAAGACCAUUUGAAGUAAAAGAAAUGUUUCUGGAAGACAUUUUAAGAACUACAGGAUACACAAACAAAGAAAUGUUAAAAUACAAAAAGGAGAAACAACGAGAAGAAAAACAACAAACGACACUUACAGAAUGGUAUUCAGCUCAAGAGAAUACUUUCAAGCCUGAAUCUCAGAGACAGAGAGCUGUCCCAAAUGUGACCGAAGAGUAUGAUUUAUUGGAUGAUGGUGGUGAUGCUGUCUUCAGUCAGUUGACAGAAAAAGAUGUGAAUUGCCUUGAACCAUGGUUAAUAAAGGAAAUGGAUGCUUGUCUUUCUGACAUAUGGCUGCAUAAAGAUGUUGAUGCCUUUGCUCAGGUCUUUCACCUUAUUUUAACUGAAAAUGUUAGUGUGGAUUACAGACAUAGUGAAACCAGUGCAACAGCUCUAAUGGUUGCUGCAGGACGAGGUUUUUCAAGUCAAGUGGAACAGUUAAUUAGUAUGGGAGCCAAUGUUCAUAGUAAAGCAUCAAAUGGCUGGAUGGCUUUAGAUUGGGCUAAACACUUUGGACAGACUGAAAUUGUGGAUCUUCUAGAAUCUUACAGUGCUUCAUUGGAAUUUGGAAAUCUAGAUGAAAGUUCUUUGGUUCAAACAAAUGGGAGUGAUCUCAGUGCAGAAGACAGAGAGCUCCUGAAAGCUUAUCAUCAUAGUUUUGAUGAUGAAAAAGUAGACUUGGAUUUGAUCAUGCAUCUUCUAUACAAUAUCUGCCAUAGUUGUGAUGCUGGUGCAAUAUUGAUUUUCCUACCUGGAUAUGAUGAAAUUGUUGGUCUGAGGGAUCGCAUCCUCUUUGAUGACAAGCGAUUUGCUGACAAUACACAUAGAUAUCAAGUUUUUAUGCUUCAUUCAAAUAUGCAAACAUCUGAUCAAAAGAAGGUAUUAAAAAACCCACCUGCAGGUGUUCGAAAAAUAAUCCUUUCCACCAAUAUUGCUGAAACCAGCAUCACAGUCAAUGAUGUUGUCUUUGUUAUUGAUUCUGGUAAAGUGAAAGAGAAAUCCUUUGAUGCACUGAAUUUUGUUACAAUGUUAAAAAUGGUGUGGAUUUCCAAAGCUAGUGCCAUACAACGAAAAGGCAGGGCAGGACGAUGCAGACCUGGAAUUUGUUUCCGGCUGUUCAGUAGACUUCGAUUCCAGAACAUGUUGGAAUUUCAGACUCCAGAACUUUUGAGAAUGCCAUUACAGGAACUUUGUUUGCAUACCAAGCUAUUAGCCCCAGUUAAUUGUCCUAUUGCUGAUUUCCUUAUGAAAGCUCCUGAACCUCCACCAGCUUUAAUUGUAAGAAAUGCUGUACAAAUGCUUAAGACAAUAGAUGCCAUGGAUACAUGGGAAGAUCUCACUGAACUUGGAUAUCAUUUGGCUGACUUGCCAGUAGAACCACAUCUUGGUAAAAUGGUCCUGUGUGCUGUGGUGUUGAAGUGUCUGGACCCCAUCCUUACAAUUGCCUGCACACUAGCCUAUCGAGAUCCUUUUGUCCUGCCAACGCAGGCCUCUCAAAAACGUGCAGCUAUGCUUUGUAGGAAACGUUUCACUGCAGGAACUUUCAGUGACCACAUGGCACUUCUCAGAGCAUUCCAGGCAUGGCAGAAAGCUCGAAGUGAUGGGUGGGAGCGAGCCUUUUGUGAAAAGAAUUUUCUUUCACAAGCUACUAUGGAAAUUAUCAUAGGCAUGAGAACUCAGUUGCUUGGUCAGCUUAGAGCAUCAGGUUUUGUGAGAGCACGAGGUGGUGGUGACAUUCGAGAUGUUAACACAAAUUCUGAGAACUGGGCUGUUGUUAAAGCUGCAUUGGUUGCAGGCAUGUAUCCUAAUUUAGUCCAUGUGGACAGAGAGAAUGUAGUAUUGACAGGGCCAAAGGAGAAAAAAGUCCGCUUUCAUCCCACUUCAGUUCUCAGUCAGCCUCAGUAUAAAAAGAUUCCUCCAACUAAUGGUCAAGCUUCAGCAAUUCAGGCACUGCCUACAGACUGGCUUAUUUAUGAUGAAAUGACCAGAGCUCAUAGAAUAGCUAAUAUUAGAUGCUGUUCAGCAGUGACACCUGUCACUGUUUUGGUAUUUUGUGGACCAGCUAGGUUGGCAAGUAAUGCUCUUCAGGAACCUUCAUCUUUUCGAGCAGAUGGUAUUCCUAAUGACAGUAGUGAUAGUGAAAUGGAAGACAGAACUACUGCUAAUUUGGCAGCUUUAAAACUUGAUGAGUGGCUCAAUUUCAAACUAGAGCCAGAGGCAGCCAGUUUAUUGCUGCAGCUUAGACAGAAGUGGCAUAGCUUAUUUUUACGCCGAAUGAGAGCUCCAUCCAAACCUUGGUCUCAAAUUGAUGAAGCUACCAUAAGAGCAAUUAUAGCUGUUUUAAGCACUGAAGAACAGUCUGCAGGUUUACAACAACCAUCUGGGAUUGGCCAAAGGCCAAGGCCUAUGUCUUCAGAAGAACUUCCUUUGGCAUCAUCUUGGAGGUCAAAUAAUAGUAGGAAAAGUUCAGCAGAUACUGAAUUUUCUGAUGAGUCUACUACUGCAGAAAGAAUAUUGAUGAAAUCUCCAUCUCCAGCACUACACCCACCUCAGAAGUACAAGGAUAGAGGAAUUUUACAUCCUAAACGAAGCACUGAUGACAGGUCAGAUCAAUCUUCUGUGAAAUCUACAGACAGCAGUAGUUAUCCAAGUCCUUGUGCUAGUCCUUCUCCUCCAUCCUCAGGAAAGGGCUCAAAAUCUCCUUCACCAAGACCAAACAUGCCUAUUCGAUACUUCAUAAUGAAGAGUAGCAAUUUGAGAAACCUUGAAAUUUCUCAACAGAAGGGUAUCUGGUCUACAACCCCUAGUAAUGAGCGAAAGCUAAAUCGAGCCUUUUGGGAAAGCAGCAUGGUUUACUUGGUAUUUUCUGUUCAAGGAUCUGGACAUUUCCAGGGAUUUUCUAGAAUGUCUUCUGAGAUAGGAAGGGAGAAGAGUCAGGACUGGGGCUCCGCUGGACUAGGAGGAGUGUUUAAGGUGGAGUGGAUACGAAAAGAAAGUCUUCCCUUUCAGUUUGCACACCAUUUACUCAAUCCUUGGAAUGACAAUAAGAAAGUCCAGAUAAGCAGGGAUGGGCAGGAACUAGAACCUCAAGUUGGUGAACAGUUGCUCCAGUUAUGGGAACGCCUUCCAUUGGGAGAAAAAACCACAACUGAUUGACAUUCAGAAGUCUUAGCUUCAGAAGAACAUCAUGCCUACUUAUAACCACUGAAUGCACUGACUUCUAGAAGCUGAGAUGGAGUUGUGUAUUAUGAAUGGGCUUUUCUGGUUGAAAGUGUUGCUUUAGAACCACCAUCUUCAUAUAAAAGAGAAAGGGAUAAUUUAAUUUUUAUAGUGAUCACAGGGAAUGAUUAUAUGUUUGUUAAUAUGUUUACAAUUGAAUGAAACAGUAGUUUCAUAUUUAACACAACAGCAGUUAAACGUACUUAAUUUGAAGUUAAACGUUUCAUUUGUUUGAAAUACUGACUUAGAACUCUUAUUGGUGAUUUUUUUAAAUGCAAAGUAAAUUGCUUUUUUUUAAGAAAGGUCUGAUUAUAUCUGUCCAUCUGAGCACCAUUUUAGAAGAGUCAACUCUAAAGAUUUAUCAUUAAAAAACAAGCAAAGAAAAGCGAAUGACCAAAAUCUAAAAAUGUCCCUUUUAAAAAAACACUGUGUGCUGAUUAAGGACUAUUCAUUCUGCCAUUUUUACCUGAGGCACAUUAAGAAAAGGAAAAAUGUUCUUUUUCUGCAACUAUGAACUGCAGUAAAAACUGAAGAAAGAAAGAAUUCCUCCCUGACUUUGAUCAGAUCAGAUUAAGUGCUUAGUUUUAUUCCUAGUGCUACCUCUUUUAACCUGGUGUGUCCCAAACCUUCUUUUCUCCUACGUUACAAUCGUCACACAGGUCUGAUAUAAAAACAGGGAUUAUAACCUCUUUGUUUUGGCUAGAGAAAUUUGAUUUAGACAAGUUAAAAAUUUAAGCAGUUUAUACAAGUUGAAAAAAAUGUUUUUAAUAGUGUAGCUUGGUUUCUGUAUGUCUUCCAAACUAAAGCUCCCAAACACCACAAUUUUAAAUGCCUUCUAUUUGUUUUCUAGUACUUUUCAUUUUACUUAUGCUUCCGGAUAAGAUUUCUCUUUUUUUUUGCAUUUGUGGUUUAAUAAAUGGAGGGUAACUUUUUGUGAACCCACUUUAGUGCCAACUCUCAUUUCUUUCACAUCUCCGAGUUAUUUGGUUUGAUCUCUUCACCACAAUUGUCUAUAAAAUUUCCUUAGAAGCUUUCUGAAGGGAAAUGGAGGUUCAGGGAGAAAUGAAAGAAAUGUCUUGGUUACUGGGUUCUAAAUAGAACAGAUUUGAUAACACUUCUCAUGAUGCAGUUGGGUUAUUGCUAUGCAACAAAAAACCAACAUGAAUCUAAUUUAAAGACAAAAAGAAAACUCUAAGUCCUCUGCUUCUUUAUUUGAGAACAAAGAAGUGAAAAAUCAAGGGUUAGCAUCAAUUCUUAGGAAGUCUACUUUCUCUGGGAAAGCAUUAUAUGUUCGUGCAUUUGUUUAAAAUGUCGGCUGUGACUUUUGCCUAUAUUUGUAGUUACUGGGUUUUUGUUUGUUUUAUACUUUGAAACAUACCUGUAAAUUAAGCCUAUGUGAAUUAUGUUCCACUCUAUGUGUAUUACAGAUCUUUUCCUAUUAGAGCAAGUUGUGGUUUUCUGAUAAUGGAUACAUUUUGUUUAGGUACAUAUUUAGCAGUUCACAGUGUUCUAAUUUGGAGGUAAGAACUUCUAAAAAAUAGAACUUGUCUUAAUUUCCAUCUAUUUUCUAAUAUUUAUCCCUGUAUGUAAAUGAUGAGUUUGUUGAUAUUUAAGAUGAACACAAUUUGAAUGUAAUUAAAAUGCUGUUUUUUGGAAGAGGUGAACUUUAAACAUACUUAUUAAAUGAAAUUCUGUUAAAUCGUUUAGAUUUUGUUAUUUUUGACACUAUAUAAUAGGACUAAGGUAGCAACGAUCAACAAUAUCCCUUGAGAUAGUAAUGAAUUUCAUACACUUUGAAGAAUACUAAAUUGCAGUAUAAGGUGGUGGCCUCAUAUCAGUACGUCCCCCUAGAAAAAAAUUUGCCUUAUUAUGAUAAGGGGUUGGGAAAAAUCCCAAGACAUGUUUUUAAUAUAAAAUCUUUUGAUUAUUAAUGGGAUAUGUAGCCAUCCACCUUCUGUUCUCAGGACAUUGCAUUAUGGUACUGUGCCAUUGUAUCCACUGAACAACCCAGCUUCACUCUACCAAUUACAGCAAAGAUAGACAGUAAGGAAAGAAUUAUCUCAAAUGAGUACUUCAAGAAAAGACAUGAUCAUUUAAGAAUUUGUCCUCAGAGAUUCAUUCUUCACUAUUUAAAAUCUUAUAUCCUGAGACAGAGACAGUGUUGAGGAAUAACUCAAAUGAACUUCACUCUGAAUCAACACCAGGGUGAAAACCUGGACACAUAAUUCACAAGUGACCACACCUCUCAGUCUGAAUGAGCUUCCCAUAGCACAGAUCCUCACUGUGCUCCUGAUUUCUCCAUGAUUCCUCUCUACCCAGAGGACCACACAGUGCAGUCAGUAUAGCCAAGGCCAUUGGAUACAUCGUGGUCUUUCUAGUCAAAUAUGAAUUUCUACUUGGCUGUCUAAUAAAAUCUCAAAUUCUGUGUAUUUAGAAUUGAACUACAAUUCUUUCCUCACAAUCUGUUCCACUUAAAUCUCCCCUAUUUUCAAUUAAUGCUAGUUUCAUUCUUUUGGUUUUUCAGGCCAGGAAACUUGGAGUCAUCUAUGAUUCCUUUAUUUCUCUCAAUCCAAUCCAUUAGAAAAUUCUCUUGGGUUCACCUUCAAAAUAUAUCUAGACUCCAACUAUUUCUUACCACAUGUGUCGCAACUACUCUGGACUGAGCCACCAUCAUUCCUGAAACGUCUUCCCUUUUCUACCUCUUCCAACAUGCCACCAAUCUAUUUUCAACACAGAAAUCAGUGGUCCUUUAAAAAUUUUGAGCAACAGCUCAAAAUGCUUCAGUGGCUCCCCAUUGCACUCAAAGCCAGAGUCCUUAUAAUGGUAUAAAUACCUUUUAUGAUCAGCUUCCCCAUUACAUCUUUGACCUUCUCUCCUCUGCUCUUCUCCUCUGUUCAUUGCACUUUAGCCACAUUGACCUCACUAUUCCUUAAUAUACCAGGCACCUUCCAGCAUCAGAGACUAGUUUUAGCUAUUCACUCUGCCUGGAAUGUUCUUCUCAGAAUAUCUGUUUGGCCAACUAGUUGUCCCAUCAUUUAGUGUUAGGUUUACUAUAAAGUUGUUUUUUUUUUUAAUUUAUUUAAUUUUUACAGUGAAUAAACAGUAAAAUCAAAUUUCUCUUAAAUGUGUAGCUCUAUGAAUUUUAACACAUGUACAGAUUUAUGUAACUUCCGCCACAAUCAGGAUACAGUUCCAUCACCUCCAAAACUCCUCAUGCUAUCCAUUUAUAGUUAUAUACUCCUCUCACCCUUAACCCCUGCCAGCCAUUGGUCUUCUGUUCUCUGUCAUUCUAGUUUUCUCCUUUUGAGAAUAUCAUAUAAAUAAAUCAUACAGUGUGUAACCUUUUGGGUCUGGUUUCUUUCACUCAUCAUAAUGCCUUUAAGAGUGAUCCAAGUUGUAUAUAUCAAAGUUCAUUUCUUUUUAUUGCUAGUAGUGUUCCAUUGUACAGAAUGUGCCAUGUUUUGUUUUUUUUAAUCAUUUACUUGUUGAAGGAUAUUUAGGUUGUAUUCCAUUUUUUCUGUGUGAUUAUAAGUAGAACAGCUAAACAUUUGUGUACAGUAUUUUGUGUAGAAAUAAUGUUUCCAUUUCUUCAGUAAAUACCUAGGACUGAGAUUGCUGGGUCAUACUGUAACUGUAUGCUUUAUUUUAUAAGAAACUACCAAACUGUUUUCCAGAGUUGCUAUACCAUUUUGUAUCCCUACCACUAAUGUCUUAGAGUUCCUUGUUGCUCCACAUACUUGACAGCACUUAACUAUUGCUAGCAUAUUUUAUUUUCACCUUUCAAUUAGAUGUGCAGUAGUAUCUGAUCAUCAUUUUAAGUAUCUCUCUAAUCGCUAUUAAUGUUGACCAUCUUUUCAUGUGCUCUCUUAGUCUGUUUAAGCUGCUAUAACAAAAUACUGCAAACUGUGUAGCUUGUAAACAACCAAAAUUUAUUUCUUACAGUUCUGGAGGCUGGAAGGCUAAGAUCAAGGUGCCAACAUCGUUGAGUUUGGGUGCAAGCCCUCUUUCUGGUUGCAGGCUGCUGACUUCUUACUGUGUCUUCACAUGGUAGAAUGGGAUGAGCAAGCUCUCUGGGGCCUCUUUUAUAAAGGCACUAAUCCCAUUCAUAAGGGCUCAGCCCUCAUCGCCUAAUCACCUGCUGAAGACCACAGAAGGCCUCCUAAUAUCAUCACAUUGGGCAUUAGAAUUUCAACAUAAGAAUUUUGGGGGCACAUAAGCAUUCAGCCUCUAGCAGUCAUUCAUAUAUCCUCUUUGGUGAAGUGUUUGGCCAAGUGUUCUGACCAUUUAAAAAUUAAAUUGUUUUCUUACUGUUGAGUUUGGAGAUUUCAUUCUAUUUUCAGAAUACAAGUUCUUUGUCAGAUAUGUGAUUAAUAAUUUUUUUUCUCUAUCUGUAGCUUGUUUUUUAAUUCUCUUAACAGUAUUUUUUGUAUUUUUAAAUUUUGAUGAACUACAACUUAUCAGUUUUUCUCUUUUCUGAAUCAUGAUGUAGGUGUCUUAUUUGAGAUGUCUUUUGCCUAAUCUUUAGUCAUGAAGAUUUUCUCCUGUGUUUCCUUCUAAAAGUUCUAUAGUUUUAUGUUUAUAUUUAGAUUCAUGAUCCAUUUUGGGUUAAUUUUUGUACGAGUUGUGAUAUUUAGGUUGAGGUUCAUUUUUUUUUUCACAUUUAAUUUAAUUUAAUUUUAAUUAUAUUUUAAGCUCUUUAUUGGAAUAUAAUUGCUUUACAAUCAUGUACCAGUUUUUGAGGUACACCAAAGUGAAUCAGCUGUAUCCAUACAUAUAUCCCCAUAUCCCCUCCCUCCUGCGACUCCCUCCCACCCUCCCUGUCCUGGCGCUCUAAGGCAUCACCCAUCAUCAAGUCAAUCUCCCUUUGUUAUACAGCAACUUCCCUCUAGCUAUCCAUUCCAUAGUUGGUAGUGUACAUAUGUCUGUGCUACUCUCUCACUUCGUCCCAGCUUCCCCUUCACCCUCCUUGCCCCCCCAAUCCCCAUGUCCUCCAGUCCAUUCUUUGCAUCUGCAUCUUUAUUCUUAACCUGUCACUGGGUUCAUCAGUACCAUUUUUUUAGAUUCCAUAUAUAUGAGUUAGCAUACAGUAUUUGUUUUUCUCUUUCUGGCUUACUUCGCUCUGUAUGACAGUCUCUAGGUCUAUCCACCUCAUUACAUAUAGUUCAAUUUCAUUCCUCUUUAUGGCUGAGUAAUAUUCCAUUGUGUAUAUGUGCCACAUCUUCUUUAUCCAUUCCUCUGUCAAUGGGCAUUUCGGUUGCUUCCAUGUCCUGCCUAUUGUAAAUAAUGCUGCAAUGAACAGUAUAGUACAUGUUUCUUUUUGGAUUAUGGUUUUCUCUGGGUAUAUGCCCAGUAGUGGGAUUACUGGAUCAUAUGGUAGUUCCAUUUUUAGUUUGAGGUUCAUUUUUAAUGCAUAUGAAUGUUGAAUGGUUCCAACACCAUUGUUGAAGAUUGUACCUUUAUUGAAUUGUCUUUGCACCUUUGACAAAAAUCAGUUUUCAUAUUUCUUUGGCUCUAUUUCUGGACUCUUUAUUAUGUCCCAUUGAUUUAUGUAUCUGUCCCUUCACCAAUACUGAAGUCUCGAUUAUUGGUGUUUUAGAGUAAUUUUUAUUUAUUUUUACUUUUUAAAAUAAAUUUUAUUGAUUGAUUGUCUGUGUUGGGUCUUUGUUGCUGCACAUGGGCUUUCUCUAGUUGCAGAGAGCAGGGGUUACUCUUCAUUGCGGUGCACAGGCUUCUCAUUGUGGUGGCUUCUCUUGUUGUGGAGCACAGGCUCUAGGCACGUGGGCUUCAGUAGUUGAAGCAUGCUGGCUCAAUAGUUGUGGCUUGCAGGCUCUAGGGCACAGGAUCAGUAGUUGUGGCCCAUGGGCUUAGUUGCUUUGUAGCAUGUGGGAUCUUCCCAGACCAAGGAUCAAACCUGUGUCCCCUGCAUUGGCAGGAGGAUUCUUAACAACUGUGCCACCAGGGAAGUCCUGGAGUAAUUUUUAAAAAUUGGGUAGUGAAGACAUGCACUUCUAACCAAGAUGGGGAGUAACAUGGACCGUAUUUACUUUUUUUCCUGAAACAACAUCAAAAAAAAAAAAAAAGACAAAAUACAUGAAGCUUCAGUUUUCAAGACAUGGGAUAUUAGGUGAAGGACAGUAAUCCCUGAGACAUAGGAAACAAACAAGGUGAGUCCUACAAUUGCCCAAGCUUACUGCCUCAGAGAUUUUCCAGGCUGUGGCAUAGGGAGGGGAACUAAAGCGGAAGUUGAGGGUUCCUGAGUUAAGGAGACAGAAGUUAGACUGGGGAAACCAAAGCAGCUAGUGUCCAUGGAACAGAAUAGCAGACAGAGUAGAACUGUAGGUGAAUCUCAGGGAUCUGCCAGUGGUCUCCCUGGAAUACUCGUCAGAGUGCUGAUCAGUACAUGCAUGUGCAGAAACUACCUGAGAUCAGGAAAGGAACCAUCUGAAAGGAUUAAAGGGAAUAUCCAAAAAGUAUAAAGAACAUAUAAAUCAGUAGCAAAACACAAAUAAUCUGAUUAAAAAAUGGGCAGAUAUGAAUAGACAUUUUUCCAAAGAAGACAUACAGAUCGCCAACAGAUACAUGAAAAAAUGCUUAACAUCACUAAUCACAAGAGAAAUGAAAAUCAAAACCACAAUGAGGUACCACCUCACACCUGUUAAAAUGGCUAUCAAAAGACAAGAAAUAACAAAUGUUGGCAAGGAUGUACAUUGUUGGUGGGAAUGUUAAUUGGUGCAGCCUUUAGAGAAAACAAUGAAGAUUGCUCGAAAAAUUAGAAAUAGGCCUAUCAUAUAAUCCAGCAAUUCCACUUCUGAGUAUUUAUCUGAAAAUAAUGAAAACACUAAUUUAAAAGGAUAUCUGCAUGUCCAUUUUCAUUGCAGCAUUAUUUACAAUAGCCAAGCCAUGGAAAUAACCUGAGUCCCUUGAUGGAUGAAUGGAUAAAGAAAUUGUGAUACACAUGCACACACACAAUGGAAUAUUAUUCAGCCAUUAAAAAAAAAAACCUUGCCAUUUGUGACAACAUGCAUAGACCUUAAGGGCAUUAUGCUAAGUUAAAGAAAGACAAACACUGUAUGAUUGCUCACAUAUGGAAAAAAUGAACUAAAGAAAAAAACGAACUCGAAUUCAAAGAACAGAUUUGUGUUUACCAAAGGCAUGGUAUGUGUGUGGGGUAGGGUUGGGAGAAAUGAGUCACUGAGAUGAAGAGAUAUUAAUAUAAACUUCUAGGUAUAAGAUAAGUCCUGGGGAUGUAAUGUACAGCAUGGUGACUAUAGUUAACAAUACCUUAUUGUAUAUUUGAAAGUAGCUAAGAGAGUAAAUCUUAAAAAUUCCAUUACAAGAAAAAAAAAUGUGGUGAUGAAUGUUAAAUAAAUAUUGUGGUAAUCAUUUCAAAAUAUAUAUACAUAUAUCAAAUUAUGUUGUAUACCUGAAACUAAUACAAUGUUAUGUGUCAAUUAUAUUCAACAAAAAAAUAAAAAAUAAAAAAUAAAGGGACUAGUGCCUGGUGCAUAUAAAGGGCUAGUGAUAUCAAUAGUAUCUGUUCCCACUAGCCAGACUUAUAAAAAUUCAAAAGAAGGCAGAAAAGAGAAAAAAGAAAUAACAAAUGGAAAUAGCAAAUAGAAACAAAAUAAAUACAAAACAAAUAUUGAGAUGAUAGACUCAAACCUAACAUAAUCAAUAAUCAUAUUAAUGUCUAAAAAUCCCAGUUAAAAGGGAGAGCUUGUCAGACUGGGUAAAAAUUCAAAACUCAGUUACAUGAUGCCUACAAGAAAUAUACUUUAAAUAUGAAGACACAAAUAGGUUAAAAGUUUUUAAAAAUGCAAGAAAUUAUGCCAUGCUACUAUUAGUAAAACAAACAAACAAAAAACUAGAAUGGCAGUAGAAUUCCAAGCAAAGAUUAUAAACCAGAGAUAAAGACAGUAAUAAUAAAAGGAUCAAUUGACAUAAUCCUAAAUAGUUAGGUACCUAAUUAAAAGAACUUCAAAAUGCUUAAGUCAAAGUUGAUAGAACGGAAAGGAUAAGUUCACAGUAUUGUCAGAUUUCAAUACCUCUCUCUCAAUAAUUGAUAGAUGAAGUAGGCAAAAAAUCAGCAAAUAUAUUGUAGACUUGAAGAACACUAUCAAUCAACUUGACCUAAUUAACAUUUAUAGCACCUGCCACCAAACAGCAGCAGAAUAUACACUCUUUUCAAGUGCACACAGAACAUUAUCAUGAUAAACCAGUUUGUGGGCCAUGAUACAAAUCUCAACACGUUUAUUAAUUUAUUUUUGAUUGUGGUAAGAGCAUUUAACAUGAGGUCUACCCUCAACAAAUUUUUAAGUGCACAAUACAGUGAUGUUAACUAUAGACACAAGUGUUGUACAGCAGAUUUGUAGAGCUUAUUCAUCUCUAUUUCCCACUCCCCCUAGUCCCUGGCAACCAUUAUUGUAUUCUCUGUCUCUAUGAUUUUGACUACUUAGAUACCUCAUAGAGUGGAAUGAUGCAGUAUUUGCCCCCAUGUUACUGAUUUAUUUUACUUAGCAUGUUUUCCAGGUUCACUCAUGGUGUUGUGUUUGGUAGCGUUUCCUUCUUUUUCUAGGCUGAGUAAUAUUUUUCAUUGUAGGUAUGUACCACAUUUUCUUUAUCCAUUCAUCUGUUGAUAGACAUUUAAGUUGUUCUGUAUCUUGGCUAUUGUGAAUAAUGAUACAGUAAACACGGAGCACACAUAUGUCUUUGAGAUCCUGAUUUCAGUUCUUUUGAAUAUAUCCAGAAGUGGGAUUGCUGGAUUAUAUGAUAAUUCUAUUUUUGAAAAAUCUCAAUACAUUUAAAAAUGAUUCAAGUCAUCAAAGUUUGUUUUCUAACCACAAUGGACUUAAAUUAGAAAUGAGUAACGUCCUACUUCAAACCAGCUAGAAAAAGCAAUGUUUUCUCACUAGUUUCCUUAUAAGCUCCAGGAUUGAGUCCCAUUGGAUCAAUUGGUCAUGUGCUUAUCUCUACACCAAUCACUAUGCUAAUUGGCCAAAUCUGUUUCAAAUAUUCACUCCAAACACAUGGACCAAGAAUAGAAGAGAAAUGGUUCUCUAAAGGAAUAUCAAAGUAAUGUUACCAGGAUAAGGAUUCUGGGGAAGGCAAAAUUAUUAGCUGCCCACUACCAAAAGCUACUAGAACUUAAUUAGUGAGUUUAACGAGGCUGCAGGAUCAAAGGUCAGUAUCAAAGAAGUGUAUUUCUAUGUACUAGCAACAAACAAUUGUAAAUUAAAAGAAAUACCAUUUAUAACAACAUUAAAAAUAUCAAAUACCUAGGAAUAACUGACAAGAGAUGUGGAAAAACUUGUACACUGAAAAGUACAAAAUAUUGCUGAGAGAAAGAAGACCUAAAAAAACAAAUUGUAGCUUAACUUUGUUCAUGGGUUGGAAGACUAAGUAUUGUUAAGAUGUCAGAUCUCUUCAAAAUUUUUUUAUUUAACAAAAUCCCAAUCAAAAUCUCAUAAGCCUUUUUUGUAGAUAUUGACAAAAUUCACGUGGCAUGCAAAGGAUCUAGAGCAGUCAAGAUAACUCUGAAAAGGAACAACUUUAGAAGGCCUACAGUACCUGAUUUUAAGACUCAUAAAAAGAUGUAGUACAAAAAGAUCUUGGUAUUGGCAUGCAGAUAGACAGGUAGAUUGUUGGAACAUAAUAGAGAGUCCAGAUGUAAACCCAGCAUCUAGGGAUAACUGAUUUUUUUUUUUUUUUUAAACAGGGGCACAAAGGCAAUAUGGUGGAGGAAGUAUGGCCCUUUCAAUAAAUGUGAUGGAAUAAUUGGCUAUCCAUAUACAAAAUAAUGAUCUUAGAUCCAUAUCUCACAUAAUAUAUAAAAAUUAACUCCUAAUGGAUCAUAAGCUUAAAAUAUAAGAGCUAAAACUGUAGAACUUCUAGAAGAAAAACAGGAGAAAAUCUUUCUUGGGUUUGCAGAGAUUUCUUAGAUCCACUAUCUCUAAAAGAACAAAAGGAUAAAUUUGGCUUCAUCAAAAUUUAAAACUUCUCUUCUUUAAAAGACACUAUUAAGAGAAUGAAAACACAAGUUGUAGACCAUGAGAAAAUAUUUGGAAGACAUAUAUUUAAUAAAGGACUGGUAUCCAGAACACUUAAAAAAGUCUCCAAACUCUAUAAUAAAAAAAAAAACAACCCAAUUUAAAAAUUGGGUCAUUUGAACAGAUAGUUCACCAAAGAAGAUACACAGAAGGCAAAUAAGCACAUGAAAAAAAUGCUCAAUACCAUUAGUCAUUAGGAAUUUAAAACUGCAAUGAGAUACAAUUAUGUAUCUACUAGAAUGGCUAAAAUGGUAAAGACUGGCCAUGCAAGUGUUGACAAGGAUGUGGAGAAAUUGGUUUCUCACUCUGAUGUAAAACGAUACAACCACUUUAGAAAAUAGUUUGGCAUGUUCUUAAAAAGUUAAACAUACACUUACCACAUUCCACUCCUAGGUAUUGACAUAAUUUUUUCCU